CCCCGUUUAUCCUUUUUAAAUCUUUAUUUUUUUUUCUCCUGGUUGGCUUGAGUCCGGUUCUGCCGGCCGUGAGACUUUUCAAAACUGGGGCGCGAUUCAUGGGAUGCAACCAUGUCGGAUCUCAGUGAGCGCAGGCCGGUCAACACGGACUACGCUGUCUCCCUGCUGGAGCAGCUCAAGUUCUUUUACGAACAGAAAUUACUGACUGACGUUGUGCUGCUGGUGGAGGACACGGAGUUCCCCUGUCACAAGAUGGUCCUGGCCACAUGUAGCUCCUAUUUCAGGGCGAUGUUCAUGAGUGGCCUCAGUGAGAGCAAACAGACCCACGUCCACCUGAGGAACGUGGACCCGGCCACCCUGCAGAUCAUCAUCACCUACGCCUACACGGGCAACCUGGCCAUCAGCGACAGCACCGUGGAGCCGCUCUACGAGACCGCCUGCUUCCUGCAGGUGGAGGACGUCCUGCUGCAGUGCAGAGACUAUCUGGUGAAGAAGAUAAACGCUGAGAACUGCGUCCGCAUGCUGAGCAUCGGCGACCUGUUCAGUUGCAGUGAGCUAAAGCAGAGCGCCAAGCGCAUGGUGGAGCACAAGUUCCCCGUGGUCUACCGGCAGGAGUCCUUCCUGCAGCUCUCCCACGAGCUGUUGAUAGACGUCCUGAGCAGCGACAACCUCAACGUGGAGAAGGAGGAGACGGUGCGCGAGGCGGCCAUGCUGUGGUUGGAGUAUAACAUGGAGGCGCGCUCGCAGCACCUGUCCUCCGUGCUCAGUCAGAUCCGCAUCGACGCGCUGUCUGAGGUGACGCAGCGCGCCUGGUUCCAAGGUCUGCCUCCCAACGACAAGUCCGUGGUGGUGCAGGGCCUCUACAAGUCCAUGCCCAAGUUCUUCAAACCCCGGUUAGGCAUGACGAAGGAGGAGAUGCUGAUCUUCAUGGAGGCCAUGUCAGAAACGCAACACGAGGGAUAUGUGAUGUCCGCGUCCUUGCCUUAUACGGUAGUGUGUUACAGCCCGCAGGCGGAGAAAGUGUACAAGCUCAGCAACCCCCCCGGAGACCUGCAGAAGGUGGGAACCCUCGUCACGCCAGACAACGACGUGUUCAUCGCCGGCGGGCAGAUCCCUCUCAAAAACACUAUCACCAACCACGGCAAGAGUGGAAAGUUACAGGCCGUCUUCCACUCGGUCGACAGCUUCUUCUGGUUCGACGCCCAGCAGAACGCGUGGGUGCCCAAAACCCCCAUGCUGUGCGCCCGAAUCAAGCCCUCGCUGGUCUACUGCGAGGGCUACAUCUAUGCAAUCGGCGGCGAUAACGUCGGAGGGGAGCUGAACAAGCGCACGGUGGAGCGCUACGACUGCGAGAAGGACGAGUGGAGCAUGAUGAGCCCCCUGCCCUUCGCCUGGAACUGGAGCACCUCCGUAGUGGCGCACGACUGCAUCUACGUAAUGACGCACGACCUGAUGUACUGCUACUUCCCGCGGGCCGACACCUGGGUGGAGAUGGCCAUGCGCAAGACCAGCCGCUGCUUCGCCUCCGCGGCUGCCUUCGGCGACCUCAUCUUCUACAUCGGCGGCCUCCACGUGGUCAGCAACUCCGGCAUCCGCCUGCCCACGAGCACCAUCGACGGCUCCUCCGUCACCGUGGAGAUCUAUGAUGUCAACAAGAACGAGUGGCGCCUGGCCGCCAACAUCCCCGCCAAGCGUUACUCGGACCCGUGCGUGCGGGCGGUGGUCCUGCUCAACUCGCUUUGCAUUUUCAUGCGCGAAACCCACAUGAACGAGCGCGCCAAGUACGCCAUCUAUCAGUACGACCUGGAGCUGGACCGCUGGUACCUGCGGCAGCCCGUGUCCGAGCGCGUGCUCUGGGAUCUGGGCAAGGACUUCCGCUGUGCGGUGGGGAAGCUGUAUCCCUCCUGCCUGGAGGAGUCCCCCUGGAAACCCCCCACCUACCUCUUCUCCCCCGACGGAGCCGAGGAGUUCGAGGUGGACGGGGAGCUGGUGACCCUCCCUCACGUAUAGCUCUUAACCUCCGCUCCCCUACCUCGCUGACUGAACCAGGAAUCUGUACCGCUGAGGGGUGAACACGGAGGGGGGAGACGG